AUGCAUUAUCGCUCUUGGCGCAUACAUAACCUCGCGUUGUCUUGUCGGACUUUCGUUUCUCGGGCUGACCAGGAUAUGCAAAUUGCGAGGGAUUGGCUCAAGUCCCUGAAUUCCAAAACUGUCCCCCGCCACAUCUGUGAGGUCUCGUUCAGUCGAUCCAGCGGUCCGGGCGGGCAAAAUGUGAACAAGUCAGUGACUCCACUUGAAGAUCAAUUAUGUGGCAAUCCGCUGAUCGUGAUUUUGAAGAGUCAAUUCCAAAGCCACUUUGAAGGUCCCACUGGGCUCAUUAUUGCCCUUGGUGCCCCGGGUGAUACACCAGCCGCUACGAGAUUCUCGAUAUCUCGCCGAAAGAACACAGUCUCUGACGAAGAGCGGAAGCAAUCUACCAAUGUGGAGUCGUGCUUCGACAAGCUGUUCCAAUUGCUACAGAACUCGGCUAAGGAGGCCAUCCCUGGGGAAACAUCCCGAGAGCAAAGAGAUCACGUACACAAGCUACAACGUGCACAGAAUGAGGGCCGAAUCAAGGCCAAAAAGCAGCACAGUGAGAAGAAGAGUGGUCGACGAGGAAGUAAAUACGACGAUUAG